GUUGACUUUCGCAUUUGCUACGCAGCGGUUCGUGCGGCUUACGAUGCGACGAUCUUAUUUUGGAUUCAAGCGAUCGACGUAGACGCAAAAUAUUCUGUGUUUAUUGUGUUAUCCAAUGGCCUCAUGUCCAAUCAAUUGAUAUUCGAUAAGUGUGACAUAUUGUGAAACAGUGUAAAAUGUUUGCCAUCAGCUGGUUCGAUAUACUGCCCGUUGCGAUUACAUUUCUAUCCAUAGCCUUUGUGCAAGUGCUUAACGUCUAUUUGCAUGUGCUGGGCGACGGUACGGCUCCGAAAAGUGUCGAUGUCUGUGAAACGGAUUGCGCGGUAAAAGGCAACGGAGUUGCUACUCUUACAAAAAACGGUUCGAUAUCGCCAAAGGCUUCGAAUGGGAAGCUUGAGAAGCAGGCCAGCAUUUUGGAUUGCGAUAGUGGCAUCUCAUUGAAUUCAAUUCACACAAGCAGCACCCCAGCGACACAAACAACGUGUGCCACACCGGGAACACCCUCGGCAACGAGCUCAUCUCCCACACACAAUGCACACAACGGCUUCCUCACACAUACAAUCAGUUUUGAAACCCUUAGCGAUGAGUACCACGAAGAUGAGGAUACGUUGUCGCUAGAGAAUCUCUUUCCCUGCGAUCAAACGGAAAUCUAUGCUUCCAAGAAGAUCAGCUUCAUUAUUGACGAACUGAUCCAGACGGAGGUGAACUAUGUGAACUAUCUGCGCAAGGGCAUCAGCAACUAUGGAAACCUACAGAAGUGCGAGGAUUUGCCCGAGGGACUGCGCGGCGAGCAGCGACAGCAGCUGCUCCUGGGCAACAUCUCCGAGAUCCUCGAGCUGCACGAGAAGGAGAUUCUGCCCAUGAUGUUGCGCAACCAGCGCGAUCUGAAAGGCCUCUUCGAUGAGUUUGCGACACACUUUGAGAGAAACAAUUUCUAUUGUUAUGUGGGCUUUACCAUGGGCAAGAAAUCCUCAAUGCUGUUGCGCCAGGAGAAUCGCGAGUGGCUGCAGAGCUAUCAGACGACGAUAAAAGACAAACUGGGCAUCGACAGCUUUCUAGUGCAGCCCAUACAAAGACUGACCAGAUAUCCAUUGCUGUUGCAGCAAUUCAUAUCGGAAUUCUACAAGAGCGGCAUCAGCUGUAAGCCAGUGCUGAGUGCUGUAUGCAAGCUGGAGACGCGCAUGCGACGCCAGCUGGAUGUGGUCAACCAGGCUGAGGAGAUACCCAACAUAGAUGAGCUGAACGAGCUCGAUCUGCAGCAGCAGGGCUUCUUUCGGCGCUCGACGGAGUUCGAUGCACAGCACUUUCCGACCAAGAAGAAGUAUCGCGCCAAGGUGUUUCUCUUCGAUCGCUGUCUGGUCUGCACUGAGGUGCGCAAGAAGCGCCUGGCGUACCGACAGCACUACAGCUGGGAGCACGUGGAGCUUCAGCGGCCACUGGAGCUGGCCACCGCCAAUGCGAACAAGACUAUCAAUCUGAUUGUCAAGCAGCCGGACAAGGAGAAGGCCAGGCGUGAGGAGUACUGCUUUGUGGCGUCAGAGGCUUCCGUGGUCAAGCAGUGGCUGCACGCCACCCAAAAGAUCAUCGAGAUAGCGCGGCACGAGCAGGCGCAGCGCGAUACCUUCAGUCUGCCCAUGGACCUGGUGCUGGGCGUGGUGCUGGCCAUCUGGCUGAUAUGGCACUACUUGUAGUGCUAAUUACACUGUACGAGAUCUAGCUGCUAGGACCAUAGAGUAAUAAAGCUAAGUUAUUUCUA